AUGGAGGACUAUUGGAACUCUCAAAACCCCAGCAUUUUCAGCAUGCAAUACCAGAGCGGAGAGAUGCCAACACAGGAGCCUAGAAUGGGAUUCGAGUUUCCUCCCACCUCGGUGCCCCCAGCUGAAGCGGACCGUAACCUCAAUCCACCCGAGAGUUAUCAAACGCUCGACCUCGACUCUACACUCUCCUUCAAUGGUACUAUUUCGCCUUCGCUAUCCGCUUCGGAUUCUCUAUCCGCCUUAGAUUCGCUAUCCGCCUCAGAUUCGCUAUCUACCUCGGAUUCAGGAUCUACCUCAGAUUCACAAGAUAGCCAGGGCUCAGUCACAUAUACAGGAGACGCGGAAAGCCAGAAACUACAGACUGUUCGGCGACGCAUGCAAAACCGCGAAGCCCAGCGCCGAUUCCGCGGACGCAAAGAAGAGCGCUACCAAAUACUCCAGCAACGGACUACCGAACUCGAAGAAAAGUGCCAAGAGCUUUCGAAUGGGUUCAACCAGAAGUCCGAAGAACUAUCUAAGAUCUCCAAGGAAAACGAGACUCUUAUCAGCGAGAUCCAAGAUCUACGCAAGCGGUGGCGUCUUAUAUUAAUGCUACUGAGACGGCCGAAUAGGCUACAGUCGUUGUCCGGCUUACUGGGUAGUGAUUUAUCAUCACCGUCUGCGGUGAUGGCCGAGCCGUUGGAUCUGCCGCUGGAAGACUUGUUCGGUUGUCUACAGGAGUUACUAUUGCCAAACGAGACACAUACUGCCGCUUAG